CGGCACUUCGUUUCGACUUCAACGACGAGUUAUUUGCCGCCAAGGUCUUACAAAGCGGGGCUAUGUUACGAACGGCUCAGUGAGUCACCGUGCGAGCCUUAAACCGAUCGGGCUAUCAAUCACCAAACUUCAGUUCCCAUAUUCUUUUUUUUUUUUUUUUUUUUAACUUCUUCCCUCUCUUCUCUCUUGCCUCAGAUUUUGGACGAAGAGCUCGAUCGAGGAUUCAGCUGGUGCUUGUUGGUUCUCAUUUCUCCACAACCAAGAUGGUUGUACUCGCUGCAUCCAUUAUAAGCAAGACGGGGAAAGUGCUGGUUUCUAGGCAGUUUGUGGAUAUGACUCGUAUUAGAAUUGAGGGUCUUCUUGCGGCUUUUCCCAAGUUGGUAGGCACUGGAAAACAACAUACGUAUGUUGAGACAGAAAAUGUGCGCUAUGUUUACCAGCCAGUUGAAGCUCUGUACUUGCUACUUGUGACAAACAAGCAAAGCAACAUCCUUGAAGAUUUGGAGACUUUGAGGCUGCUCUCUAAGCUUGUACCAGAAUAUGCUUAUUCUCUAGAUGAAGAGGGUAUAUGCAAGACAGCUUUUGAGUUGAUUUUUGCUUUUGAUGAAGUCAUCUCUCUUGGACACAAGGAAAAUGUUACGGUUGCACAGGUUAAGCAGUACUGUGAGAUGGAGAGUCAUGAAGAGAAGUUGCACAAGAUGGUAUUGCAGAGCAAGAUCAAUGAAACCAAAGAUGUCAUGAAGCGCAAAGCUAGUGAGAUUGACAAAAGCAAGAUUGAGAAGGGACGAGUUGAUAAAGGAGGGUUUAUGUCGCUACAGUCUAUGGGAUCUGGAAGAAUCGAGAGUAGCUUUAGCGACAUGAGCAUUUCUGAUGGUGGCGGCAGUGGUUUUGGAAGUAGUUCUGGUUUUGGAUUGAGCACUGAUAUUGAAUCCUUUUCUAGCAAGUCUAAAGGUCGUCCACCUUCAUCAGCCGCUGCUCCUCCUAAAGGUCUUGGUAUGCAGCUUGGUAAAUCUCAAAAGACAAACCAGUUCUUGGAAUCUUUGAAAGCAGAAGGAGAAGUUAUUCUUGAGGAUGUGCAGCCAAAAGCAGGCCAGUCCAGAUCAGCUGCUUUACCGUUAACUGAUCCCAUCACUUUGACUGUUGAGGAGAAACUCAAUGUGAUGCUGAAACGAGAUGGCGGAGUCAGUAAUUUUGAUCUUCAGGGAACAUUGUUACUUCAAAUUCUUAACCAAGACGAUGGGCACAUCCAAGUUCAGAUUGAAACCGGUGGAAAUCCAGGCAUCCUUUUCAAAACGCACCCUAAUAUGAACAAAGAACUGUUUUCCAAUGAAAAUAUUCUUGGUCUUAAGGACCCAAAUAGGCCUUUUCCCACUGGUCAGACUGGUGAUGCAGCAGGCGUUGGUCUUCUGAAGUGGAGAAUGCAAAGUACAGAUGAGUCGAUUGUGCCAUUGACCAUAAACUGCUGGCCCUCUGUUUCUGGAAAUGAUACGUAUGUCAGCAUUGAAUAUGAAGCUUCAUCAAUGUUUGAUCUGCGAAGUGUUGUGAUCUCGGUACCUCUUCCAGCUCUUCGAGAUGCACCAAAUGUCAGGCAGAUUGAUGGGGAAUGGAGGUAUGACUCGAGGAAUUCCAUACUGGAAUGGUCCAUACUUCUUAUUGAUCACUCGAACCGCAGUGGAUCGAUGGAGUUUGUUGUUCCUGCGGCAGAUUCAUCUGUUUUUUUCCCUAUUUCAGUGCAAUUCUCAGCUACUAAUACUUUCAGUGAUCUAAAGGUUCUGAAUAUCAUACCUCUGAAGGGUGGAGCCCCUCCCAAGUAUGCUCAGAGAACGCAAUUGAUCACGGAGAAUUACCAAGUAGUGUGACAGGUGCUUAUAUGCUACUGGAUUAUUAGUAUACGAGUCUGAAUCAGCAAUUUUCUUUCAUUAUUAUUAUUAUUGUGCAACUUUCCAACACUGGAAGUGAGAUCUAUACUGCUGGACAAGCUAUUUUCACUGAUAUAAACCUAACUUUUCUCUA